AUGGUUGCAGACUUUCUCUGGUUCAUCUGCAAACUUGUUUCUAAACCAUAUCCAGUACUGAUCCGGACUCUUAACUGUUUCCAUCAGGACGCAGACUUUGCCAUCGUCCUGGAGGAAGACCUGGACAUUUCCAUUGACUUUUUCAGUUUUUUGAGUCAGACGAUCCACCUGCUGAACGAGGACGACAGUCUGUACUGUAUCUCAGCCUGGAACGACCAGGGCUACGAGCACACGGCAGAGGACCCGGCUCUGCUGUACCGCGUGGAGACCAUGCCCGGCCUCGGCUGGGUGCUGAAGAAGAGUCUCUACAAAGAUGAGCUGGAACCAAAGUGGCCCACGCCUGAGAAGUUGUGGGACUGGGACAUGUGGAUGCGGAUGCCCGAACAGAGAAAAGGUCGCGAGUGCAUCAUCCCCGAUGUGUCGCGUUCCUACCACUUUGGCAUCAUUGGACUCAACAUGAACGGAUAUUUCCACGAGGUUUACUUCAAGAAACACAAGUUCAACACGGUUCCUAACGUGCAACUGAAGAACGUUGACAGCUUAAAGAAAGAUUCUUAUGAAGCCGAGAUCCACAACCUACUGAAGGAGGCCAAGGUUCUGGACCACAGCAAGAACCCUUGUGAGGACUCCUUCCUGCCAGACUCUGAGGGGAAGGUCUACGUCAUGUUCAUUAAGAUGGAGAGUGAGACCGACACGGUGACCUGGACCGAGCUUGCCAAGUGCCUCCACAUUUGGAAUUUGGAUGUGCGGGGAUACCAUCGAGGUCUGUGGCGACUCUUCAGGAAAAAAAAUCAUGUGCUGGUGGUCGCGGUGCCCAUCUCCCCUACUCGUAAUGCGAAGAAGCCGGCAGGUGUCACGCCCAUCCACUUGGAGGCUCCGCCCAAAGAGGAGGCGGCUCUGGUGGAGCAGGUGUAGGUCUGUUACACUGGACUUUUUUUUUUUUUUUUUUGGUGUUGCUGGAGCCACGCCCUAAAACCUGGUUCACGUUUCUCGCCGGCGGCUCG